GAAAUGUGGUGACAUCAAAAAAUCAGCAUGAGAUGAAAGACAAUGAAGAAGAAUGGGACUUUCGAACAUCCAUUAUUGUGACAGCUCCUCCAAAUAUGACAGAGGAAGAAUUCGAUUUUGAUGAUCGAAGUGGUGUGAAAGAGAAAAAUGAGAAAGCACUUGUGGCAACAAGAUUGCAAGCUACCGACUACAAUAACGAUUGGAUUAUAGACUCUGGUUUUUCCAAUCAUAUGAUAGGUGUUAAGGAUAAACUGUAG